AUGUUGUUCACAAAACUCAGUAAUAUAGUAAUGGGCAAUAAAGAGCAUUGCAUUAGUCUGGGGCAACAUGAUUCAUUGAGUAUCUACAUGUUAAACGUGAUGAAAUUCACGUAUACCCCAGCUAGUAUAUUACAACACGGAUACAAGGGAUUUACAAGCGGGGGCACCAUGUGCGCUCAAUUGGACAAAUUUGACAUCUGUGCCAAAAUAGCGGACACGCAAAAGAGCGAGAUCAACUUAUUUCACGUGUUUGACGAUCUGAUUGGCCAAAAUAUACUAUACGUCACACACGAUGACCAGGUGUACGGCCUCGGGUCCAACCGAUUUGGGUCGUUAGGCCUGGGACACAGUCGGCCCGUCGACACCCCUACGCUCAUACCCGAACUAACGCAACAGGGUGUACAACAUUUUGUGAUCGGGGGCGAUUUCGCACUGGCACUGACUCGGGAGCACCAGAUGUACAGUUGGGGUCACAACUAUUGGUCGGAGUUGGGCCGGGAGGGCGCGCCCGGCGAGCACAAUGUGUACCUCAAACCCGAACUCAUAGCCUAUUUUGCGGACAAAACAAUUCGGUCAGUAGUGUGCGGCGCCCACCACUCCCUGGCGCUUGACUCCGACGGCUAUGUCUACGGCUGGGGUGACGACAGUUGCGGCCAAAUCGGCCGCGGAUUAGUGGCCGACCCCAGAGCGCCCGAUACGCUCACAGCCCGGCCGACAAGCAACUCGUCGUUCGCCGUGACGGCAGAGGGGGGCCGAGUGUACAGCUGGGGCGAGAACUACAUGUCCUGUUUAGGCCAUAAGGGCUCAGGUAUGGAGCCCCGGGUGGUUACCGCUCGACUCAUAUCCCACAUGAAUAGCGUGGAGACCGUGUGCUCCAGCGGUUGUACCACAUAUUUCCUACGGGCCGAUGGCCUAGUAUCAUUUUGCGGCGGCUACGAGAAUGACCGUGGUGAACCCAUGCGACAGACCAGCCCCAGACAGUUGGGUAGGAAAGUGCACUUUAGAGACCUCCAGGCCAUCGCUGGCUACAAGAAGGACAUCUCGUUUGUGAUUGGCUUAAAAGACAAUACGGUUUACAAGAUUUUGGACACCAAUACUGUGGUUAAGACCGGUUUUGAGUCGUUUUAUCACUUCUACGCCAAUGAAUAUCAGUUGACAUUCAAGACUAUGAGACUAAAUGAAUGUAAUUCUGCGGUUUAA